AUGGCAGCCCAGGAGGACGCCUCGACUGAGCUGGCCGAGGCAAUGCAACUACUAAGGGAGGCCGCGAAGCGCCGACAGAGUGCAUCGCAAACAAGAGCCAGCACUCAAAGCUCAGAAGAGGACUCAUCCGAUGCUUCCGAAAAUCCUUCGAGUGCUUCUGAUGACACUGCCCCUACUGUAGCUUCAACAGCAGAUUUGGAAGGUCCAGGUGUUGGGCAGGCCUUGCAUUUGCUUUGCCGGACCUUGGGCCUGACAUAG